UUCUCGGGGUUGCCCAGCAGACUGCGAAGGCGGACUGGUCUCCAACAUCCCCGCGGUCGCUUCCAGGAGCAGCGGGAACCUCACCGCGGCCAGAGCAGCGCCGCCCCGCUCCACGCCCGCCCCGGCCGGCACCAUGCUGCCGCAGUACCCGGAGGUGAAGCCCAACCCAUUGCAGAAAGCGAACCUCUGCUCACGCCUGUUCUUCUGGUGGCUAAACCCCUUGUUUAAAAUUGGUCAUAAACGUAAAUUAGAAGAAGAUGACUUGUACUCAGUGCUUCCGGAAGAUCGCUCCCAGCACCUUGGAGAAGAGCUGCAAGGGUACUGGGAUCAAGAAGUGUUGAGAGCCCGGAAAGAUGCGCGGGAGCCUUCUUUAGUGAAAGCAAUCAUAAAGUGUUACGGGAAAUCCUACUUAGUUCUGGGAAUGUUAACAUUUCUUGAGGAAUGCACCAGAGUAGUUCAACCCAUAUUUUUGGGGAAAAUGAUUAGUUAUGUUGAAAACUACGAUCCCAAUGAUUCUGCCCCUUUGCGUGAAGCCUAUGGCUAUGCAGCAGCGCUGAGCGCCUGCGUGCUCGUGUGGGCUGUUCUGCACCACUUGUACUUCUAUCACAUUCAGCGUGUGGGGAUGAGGCUGAGAGUAGCCGUGUGCCACAUGAUCUACCGCAAGACACUUUGCCUUAGUAGCUCGGCCAUGGGGAAGACCACCACAGGCCAGAUCGUUAACCUGCUGUCCAACGAUGUGAACAGGUUUGACCAGGUAACGAUAUUCUUGCACUAUCUGUGGGUUGGACCACUGCAGGCUAUUGCAGUGACCGCCCUGCUCUGGAUGGAAAUAGGAAUAUCGUGUCUUGCUGGGAUGGCGGUUCUCGUUAUUCUUCUGCUUUUGCAAAGCUGUUUCGGGAAGUUGUUUUCAUCACUCCGGAGUAAGACUGCUGCUCUCACAGAUGACAGGAUCAGGACCAUGAGUGAAGUCAUAACUGGCAUCAGAGCAAUAAAAAUGAAUGCUUGGGAAAAGUCAUUUAUAGACCUUAUGACCAGAUUGAGAAAGAAGGAAAUUUCCAAGAUUCUGAGAACUUCCUACCUUAGGGGCAUGAAUUUGGCAUCACUUUUCACUGUGAGCAAAAUCAUGAUUUUUGUCACCUUCAUCAGCAAUGAGCUCCUUGACAGCCUGAUCACAGGCAGCCAAGUGUUCAUGGUGGUGAUGCUGUUUGAAGCUCUGCGAUUUUCUAGUACCUUCUACUUCCCCAUGGCCGUCGAGAAGGUGUCAGAGGCCAUCGUCAGCAUCCAAAGAAUCAAGAACUUUCUGUCACUUGAUGAGAUGUCACAGUGUUACCCUCAGCUGCCAUCAGAUGGUGAAAUGAUAGUGGACGUGCAAGAUUUAACAGCUUUUUGGGAAAAGGCAUCAGAGACCCCAACCCUACGAGGCCUUUCCUUUACUGUCAGACCUGGUGAACUGUUAGUUGUGGUCGGACCUGUGGGAGCAGGAAAGUCGUCACUGUUGAGCGCUGUGCUAGGGGAGCUGCCCCCGAGCCAGGGGAAGGUCAGCGUGCAUGGGAGGAUCGCGUAUGUUUCUCAGCAGCCCUGGAUGUUCUCAGGAACUGUGAGGAGUAACAUUUUAUUUGGGAAGAAAUAUGAAAAAGAACGAUAUGAAAAAGUAAUAAGGGCUUGUGCUUUGGAAGAGGAUUUACAGCUUUUGGAGGAAGCAGAUCUAACUGAGCUAGGAGACAGAGGAACCCCGCUGAGUGAAGGACAGAAAGCCCGGGUCAGCCUUGCCAGAGCCGUGUAUCAGGAUGCAGACAUCUACCUCCUGGAUGAUCCGCUCAGCGCAGUGGAUGCAGUAGUCAGCAGGCACUUGUUCGAACAGUGUAUUUGUCAAUCCUUGAAGGAGAAGAUCACAAUCUUAGUGACUCAUCAGCUGCAGUACCUAAAGGAUGCAAGUCAGAUUCUGAUACUGAAAGAUGGAAAAAUUAUACAAAAGGGGACUUUUGCUGAGUUUCCGAAAUCUGGGAUAGAUUUUGAAGAUAUCCUUUUAAUGAAGGAGAUUGAGGAGGCCGAACCAUCUCCAGGUCCAGGAACUCCCAGUCUGAUCUCUGAGACUUUGGUUCCAUCUCAACAGUCUUCCAGACCCUCCUUGAAAGAUGUGGCUCCAGAGGACCAAGAUGCUGAGAAUAUACAGGUUACAUUACCACUGGAGGGCCGCUUGGUGGGAAAAAUUGGUUUUAAGACCUACAAGAAUUACUUCACAGCUGGGGCUCACCAGUUUAUCAUCAUUUUCCUCAUUCUAGUAAACAUCGCAGCUCAGGUCACCUACUCCCUGCAGGACUGGUGGCUUGCAUACUGGGCAAAUGGACAGAGUACUCUGUAUUCCAUAGAGUAUGGAAAAGAAAACGCAAUUGUGAUGCCUAAUCCUGUCUGGUACUUUACAGUUCAUGCAGUUCUAAUUGGAGGUACCAUUCUUUUUGGCAUCACAAGAUCUCUGUUGGUAUUCUACAUCCUUGUUAAUUCUUCACAAACUUUGCACAACAAAAUGUUGUUGUCCAUUUUGAGAGCUCCGGUAUUGUUCUUCAAUAGAAAUCCAAUAGGAAGAAUUUUGAAUCGUUUCUUCAAGGACAUUGGGCAUAUGGAUGACUUGCUGCCCCUUAUAUUUCAAGAUUUCAUCCAGACAUUUCUACUUGUGAUUGGUAUAGUAGGCGUGAUGGUGGCAGUGAUUCCUUGGAUUGCAAUACCCGUGAUUCCCCUUGGUAUUGCUUUCUUUUUUCUCCAGCGGUAUUUCUCAGAGACUUCACUAGAUGUUAAACGCCUGGAAUGUGCAACACGGAGCCCAGUAUUUUCCCACUUAGCAUCUUCUCUCCGGGGACUCUGGACCAUCCGGGCAUACAAAGCUGAACAGAGUUUUCAGGAGCUGUUCGAUGCACACCAGGACUUGCACUCAGAGGCUUGGUUCCUGCUUUUGACGACGUCCCGAUGGCUCGCUGUGUAUCUAGAUGUCAUCUGUGCCAUCUUUGUCACUGUUGUUGCCUUUGUGUCCCUGAUUCUUGCAGAUGCUUUGACUCCAGGGCAGGUUGGCCUGGUCCUGUCUCUUGCCCUGACACUCACGGGGAUGUUCCAGUGGUGCGUCAGGCAAAGGAUGGAAGUUGAGAACCUGAUGAUUUCAGUAGAAAGAGUGAUGGAAUAUUUACACCUUGAGGAAGAAGCUCCCUGGGAAUACAAGGAUCAUCCCCCGCCUCCCUGGAGUAAUGAAGCAAGGAUUAGGUUUAACUCUGUUAACUUCAGGUAUACCUUAGAUGGGCCUCUGGUAUUGAAGAACCUGACCGCAAUCAUUGAAGCAACAAAAAAGGUUGGCAUUGUGGGAAGAACAGGAGCUGGAAAAAGUUCUCUUUUUUCUUCAGUUUUUCGAUUGUCAGAACCUGAAGGCUUUAUUUGGGUUGAUUAUUGUUGGGUAGGAGAUAUUGGACUUCACAAUUUAAGGAAGAAAAUGUCAAUCAUAUUACAGGAACCUGUUUUAUUCACGGGAACAAUGAGGAAAAAUCUGGAUCCUUUUAAUGAACAUACAGAAAAGGAACUGUGGAAUGUCUUAGAAGAGGUACAACUUAAAGAAACCAUCGAAGGUCUUCCUGGUAAAAUGGAUACUGAUUUAGCAGAAACAGGAUCAAAUUUGAGUGUUGGACAGAGACAACUGGUGUGUCUUGCCAGGGUUAUUCUAAAGAAAAAUCAGAUAUUGAUUAUUGACAAAGCCACAUCAAAUGUGGAUCCAAGAACUGAUGAGUUAAUUAAAAAAACAAUCCAUGAGAAAUUUGCCCAGUGCAUUGUGGUAACCAUCACACACAGAUUGAGCACCGUUGUUGACAGUGACAUGAUAAUGGUUUUGGAUUCAGGGACAAUGAAAGAAUAUAGUCCACCACAUGAUUUGCUGCAAAACAGUAAUAGCCUAUUUUACAAGAUGGUACAACAACUGGGUGAGGCUGAGGUCACUGCCCUCACUGAAAGAGCCAAACAGCAUCCACAAAUGGACUUGGAGUCAUCUUUUAUAAAGUAGAUCUGGAAUCAUAUGACAAGAAUGAGUCUUGCAUAAAUGGCACACACCGAAAAGAAAUAACCAGAUGUUACUCACAGUGGUCAUAUGGUUAUGAACACUUCCAAUGGACAGCCCUCAGCCUUAAUGAUUGUUGAGUCAGCGCUGUGGUUCUACCAUAAAGUCAAGUCCAAUCCAAAGGUGUUUUUCCAAUAGUUUUUGCACUGCAAAAACUAUAUUAUACUUUUUUUUAACACCAGUCCCAAAUAUUUACACAUAGAUGUUAAUUUGGAUUUGUUUUCUCCAGUUUUACCCAAUGAUUUCAACCUCUAACAAAAUGAUUUACUAUUUUUAUUUAUAUUUUAUACUAACUUUUCCUAUCCAAAGCAGAGGUGAAGGCUACAAGUAAAAGCUGUCUACCAGGUUUAGUGUCUUGAGAGACUCCAGAACUAAAACUCAUUUUAUAAGAUAUAAAAAAAAGUUGUCACAGAUGUCUUUUACUGUUCCUAAAAUUACAUAUUACUUUCCAAUUUUAUCAGGAGUUUUGUUUACUUGAAGACCAUGUGAAGUCACCAUUUGUUUUACCACUUUCUUUAACAGUGCUAGGAUCCAUUAUUGCACCCAAAUAUCUCUGAUUAAAAUAGUACAGAGAAAAAACAAAAAAAUACACUUUAGUUUAUGUGAGAUAGGAAAGAGAGGUAUCCUCUGCCCAAAUUUAAGAUACAUGGUUUAAAAUACAUAAAGAUAAUAUUUAAUUAUAUGUUCUAAAACACAAGGAAGAGAAAAUAUGCUUCCUCAAAAUAGGAACCCUUCUAGGUGAUCACUGUCUUCUAGAUGGAGAAUUGUAUUGUAUUCUAUAUUUUACACUUUUUUAAUUUAUAACAUAAAAUUUUCUAUGAUAACCUUUUUAACAUACAGUUCAGUGGCAUUAGCCACAUUCACAGUGUCAUGAAACCAUCACCAUCUAGUUCAUUUUUAGUGAUUAUUUUAGACCAUUCAGCUUAUUAUUUCUACAGUCAGUUUUGGUAAGUUUCAUUUCUCUAUGAAUUAAUCUAUUUCAUGUGAGUUUUCAGCUUGAUUGGCUUAAAAUUAUUCAUAAAAUCUUGUAUGUUUAAUAUCUGCAGGAGUUAUAAUUGGGUUCUAUUUUGGUUUUUAAUUUUCUUUGAGCCUUGUUUUUUUCUUGAAUAAUCUUGCUUGAUUUUUUCCUAUUAAUUUUCAAAGAAUCAAAUUCUGUGCUUGAUUGAUCCUUUCUGAUUUUUUGUUUUCUAGCUCAUCAUAUUCUUCCAUUCCUUCAGCUUUUUUUCAUUUGAGUUUUUUCUCUAAAUUCUUAUAUUGGAAAUAGAUUAAUUUUUAAACUUUUUUUUCCCCUAAUGCAAGUACAUAAAACCUACUUUUUUAUUCCACCUAAUGGCCCACUUUAGCUGCAGCCUACAAAUUUUGCUACUGAGCACUGAUCAAUAAUCAUAGUGUUAUGCAUUUUCCAAUUUUUAAUUUGAUUCGUUAAUUAUAUAUUUCACUCAUGAGUUAUUCAUCAGUGUAAUGUUCUCUAAACUCCAAAUGGUGACAGCUAUUUUUCUAUUAUAUUAGCCAUGUAAAAUUGCUAACAGUCAACCUUUUUUUAGCCCAUAAAAAUAGCAGUUUCUUAUGGUUCAAUGUAAUAGUUUUCUUUUGAUAUUAAUAUAUAACAAUUUCAUUUUGGUUAGAAAACAUUAGAGUGAGGAUUUUAAAGCAAGGGUUUAAAAUAUUGACACACAACGUCUUUGUUUCCAUUUUUAUUUUCUAUUAUAUAUUUCUAUUUAUUUCUAUUUUAUUUUCUAUUUCUAUCUAUUUUAAAAUGUUAUAUGUAUAACCAGAAGUUUUCAAAUAAAAAUCAUUCCCAAA